AUGAAAGGUUUCACCACAAAAAUUGUGCAUAACGACCGUCAGCACACCAUCGAGCAUGGUGCGACGCAUAAGCCGAUUCAUACGUCAGUCGCGUUUGGCUAUGCGGACGCCAGAGAUCUGGCCGGCGUUUUUCAAGGCACGCAACCUGGCUACACCUAUGGCCGACAGGUAAACCCUACGGUUGAUGCGUUAGAAGACAAAGUAACGGUGAUGGAAGGCGGGCUGAAGUCCAUCUGCUUCGGUACCGGUAUGGCUGCCAUCGGCACGACAAUUUUUGCGCUGUUGCGGCCUGGUGACCAUGUGGUGUGUUCAGCGUUUCUGUUUGGCAAUACCAAUUCGUUGAUGAACAGUUUCGACACCCAGGGUGUAGAUGUCACUUUUGUUGAUGCCACCCAGGCACAAGCGGUGGCUGAUGCGAUAGUGCCGGCCACGAAGCUGGUGUUUGUGGAAACCAUAGCCAAUCCGCGCACCCAGGUGGCAGAUCUGCAAGGUAUCGGCAAGCUGUGUGCAGAACAUAAUCUGGUUUACGUCGUGGACAACACCAUGACCUCACCGUAUCUGUUCCGUUCGAAGACUGUGGGCGCAAGUCUGGCGAUUAACAGCCUGACCAAAUACAUCGGUGGCCAUGGCAACGCGCUUGGCGGUACCGUCACUGAGUUAGGCAACUACGACUGGCGCAGUUUCCCCAAUAUUUACGAUACCUAUCAGAAAGGUGAUGCGCAGCUAUGGGGUAUUACCCAGAUACGUAAGAAAGGUCUGCGGGAUUUUGGUGCGGCGCUGAGUCCGGAGGCCGCACAUCACAUUGCUAUCGGUGCUGAAACGCUGGCACUGCGGAUGGCGCGGCAGUGUGACAACGCAGCAUGUAUUGCCGAGUUUCUGGAUGAACAUGCCAAUGUGCAGAAGGUUUUUUAUCCUGGGCUCAAGGAUCACGCGGAGCAUGCGCGGGCGGUGCAGCUGUUUGGCUCUGGCGGAGCGAUUCUGAGCUUUGAACUGGACCCUGAUAUUGAUAUCUGGCGCUAUCUGAACCGGUUCAACGUCAUUAUUAACUCAACCAAUCUGGGUGAUAAUCGCACCCUGGCGAUUCCGGUCGCGCACACCAUAUAUUUUGAAAUGGGCGCCGAGCGCCGCAAAACUAUGGGUAUUGCGGAUUCGCUGAUACGGUUGUCUGUGGGCAUCGAAGAUGUAGAAGAUCUGAUAGAGGAUCUUGCAGCCGCCUUCGACUGA